AGCUGCAAAGCCAUAUAGAAGCCAAAGGGAAGGAACGCCACUAACCACUCAUUCCAAUCAAUCAUUUAACCGGAAGACUUUUGUUACUCCCAUCUUCUUCAUCUUCAUUAUAAACCAAUGGCCUCUGAGCUCCUUCUUCCACUUCUCACAGAGGGACAUAUAAUUCAUAAUUAAUUCAAUAUGAGUUUCCUCCACAAGCUUUGGGACGAAACCCUCGCUGGUCCCGCGCCGGAUUCCGGCCUCAGUCGCCUCCGCAAGUACAACUCCUUCUCCGCCUCCCGAUCUCCGCCUAUGCUAACCAACGACCGCGCCUCCAACAUUCCUCGUCGUAUCGAGAUCCCUAGCCCUACUCUCUCUCAGAACUCAUCCACCACCACCACUCCACCGCCCACUCCGCCGGAGACGCCGCGAGGGGACGAUAUGAAUAGACUGGCCAGGAGAAGAACCAUUGAUUAUCCUCGCCGUCGCCCUUUGGAAGGAUCUGACCCAACCAGCACCCCUUCUGUUUAUGAUUGGAUCGUUAUAACUGCUUUAGAUCGUUGAUGGAUAGAGAAGAGCAUUGGAAGAAGAAGAGAAUAACGUGUUCUCUUUUUCAUUUUUUACAAGGAAAUUGCCUUGGAUUUGGAUAUAUUUUCCGCUUGCAAGAAAUUCCCUUACAUAUGUAGUAAGUAAUAUUAGAACAUGCAAAGAGGAUGUACCCGAAAAGGGUUUUUUUUUCUCUUUUUUUUUUCUGUAAAUACUAAGCUUGCCUUUUCUCAUUUGUAUUUGGAUAUUUUCAUUAUAUAUAUAUAUAUAUCGAGAGAGAGAGAGAGAGAGAGAGAGAGCUCUAAUCCUA